GGGUAGGACAGAGGGAAAGGCCAGCAAGCACUCGGUGUGUAAAGAAAGACUUUAAAAGGCAGAAAGACAUCGGAAUAGAAGGGCAAGAGAAGCUCAUCUCUCUGUUUGUGUGUAUGAAGACAGCUGCUACAGAAAGAUGCUUUUGAGUGUGUUGGCAGUGACUGUGGUUUCAGCAGCUGUCCUGUAUAUUCUGUAUCACUGGCUCAUCCCCGCAGCUGUGCAAAGCAACGGUUGGCUGGCACUUAUCUGGCACGAUGUAAUCAAAGAGCGGUUCCUGAACACCCUGACGGGAUCCUCACGACCUCAGCGCAUGCUGAAAGCCGUUCAGCAGAACGCCACCAAAGGCGACCCCCAGAGUGUCAUAGCAGCCAUCGACUACUAUUGCAGACACAAAGAGUGGGCCAUGAAUGUGGGUGACGAAAAAGGGCCCAUAUUGGAUUCAGUGUUGAGUGAGGUUAAUCCCAGAACAGUUCUGGAGCUCGGCACAUACUGCGGCUAUUCCACCGUUCGUAUUGCUCGGCUCUUGUCCCCUGGAUCUAAACUCAUUACUGUUGAAUUUAACCCGGCCUACGCAGCAAUCGCCCGCCAGAUCAUCGCCCACGCCAGCCUUCAAGACAAGGUUACUCUUGUGGAGGGUCCCUCUGGUGACUUGAUCCCCAAAAUUAAAGAACGAUUUGGAAUAACAUCUUUUGACUUUGUCUUUUUGGACCACUGGAAAGACCGUUACCUUCCAGAUAUUAAACUCCUGGAGGAAUGUAAUCUACUCAAAAAAGGCACUGUACUGCUGGCCGACAAUGUAAUUUGUCCUGGAACCCCGGAAUAUUUGGCAUAUGUGCGGAACAGCCCACAGUAUGAAAGCCGAUACUACCGUUCCCAUUUGGAGUACACCAAAGUGGAAGAUGGCCUGGAGAAAUCGGUUUUCUUAGGAUGAGAAUGGUCUUAUAUUACAAGCAGAUGUGCAUGAAUUUACAAGUUUUAUUCAUUGGCCAUAUUUGUAAAGUACAACUGGGAAGGUCUGUGCACAAGGGGAGAAAAAUGUAAUUCUUUAAAUGGCCAAGAAUGUUUGAUUCUUGUGAUCCCAGUACAGUAAUGCUAGGAUCAGCCAAACUGGUCUCUUUGUCUUUUCCUCAGUGCACUUACAUUUCAAUGCUUUGAAAUCUCCCUGAGAAAAUGUAGAAUAUGGCCUGUUUAUUUCUUGUACAAUUUUUCAGCUAAGUGAUUGUAAUGUUUAAUAAACAUUUCA